AUGAGCGGAAGUCGGGACAGCGAUUGGGUACCGGUGGUGGCCGGAAUAGUCGUUGGUGCCGGAGUAUUGACUAUCAUGUACAUGCUGUUUCGCAGCAAACCAGAACCUAACAUAUGCGAUGGAAAAACUAAACCCUUUGUACGGAAAUAUAAGUGCAAGUGUUUAAAGAAUAGCUACUGUCAUUUACAUAAUAAAAAUGAAAAUAAGUAA